GUGAAAAAGGCUAAGUUUGACGGCCCCCAAGAAAAGUUUAAUGCUUAUGUAACCUUAAAAGUACAAAAUGUGAAGAGCACAACUAUUGCAGUCAGGGGCAACUUGCCCUGUUGGGAGCAAGACUUUAUGUUUGAGAUUAACAGACUGGAUUUAGGAUUGACGGUGGAAGUCUGGAAUAAAGGACUUAUAUGGGACACAAUGUUAGGGACUGUAUGGAUUCCAUUAAGGACCAUUCGACAGUCCAAUGAGGAAGGCCCAGGUGAAUGGUUGACCCUUGACUCUCAAGUUAUAAUGACAGAUAAUGAGAUCUGUGGAACCAAAGACCCCACCUUCCACCGCAUCUUACUUGACACUCGGUUUGAACUUCCAUUAGAUAUUCCAGAAGAAGAGGCUCGAUACUGGGCAAAGAAGUUAGAGCAGCUGAACGCCAUGAGGGAUCAGGAUGAUUAUGUGUUUCAAGAAGAGGAGGAGAAUCCACUACCUGUUCAUGGCUCUCAGUGCUGUAACUGGAAUUAUUUUGGCUGGGGUGAACAGCAAAACAAUGAGGAUCCUGACAGUGCUGUUGAUGAUCGUGAUAGUGAUUACCGAAGUGAGACAAGCAAUAGUAUCCCUCCAGCUUACUAUUCAACAUGCCAGCCAAAUGCCUCUGUACACCAAUAUCCUGUGAGAAACCAGUACAGCUCCCAUGGAUCUUAUACUGACUCUGUACACAGCUAUGAGAUGGAUUUUUCAGAUCACCGGCCGGUCAGUCCUACUGGAAGCAGUCGAUAUGCCUCCUCUGGGGAACUUAGUCGAGAUUCUACACAACUAAGUGAUGAUUUUGACCCUGAAAAUGACAGUCUACAGGGUUCUGAAAUAGAAGAAGAACGGGACAGAGACUCGUAUCACUCCUGUCAUAGUUCUGUCAGCUACCAAAAGGAUUCUCCAAACUGGGAAGGAGACGAGGGCCCUGAAGGGUACAGUGAAGAAGAUGAUGAUGAAGGUGGUUACCCUGACAGCAGGGGUCAGCUUUCUGACAGAGAGCUUUAUGAUGAUGAUCUUCCAGAAGAAGAAGGUGAAAAAUUAAAACAUGAGCUAGAGGACACAUUAUACUUAUCUGGAGAGAGUAAGGAGAAAACACCCCCAGAAAUUCCAGUUCAAAAAGAGCCGACUCCAGAAGCUACACCAGAGAGUGAGGCAGUACCAGCAGUUCAGGAAUCUUUGAUGGACAGAGAUGAGAGCACAGGAAUGUCGAGGGCCAAGUCUAAUUGGCUCAGAGCAUUUAACAAGGUGCAGAUGCAGCUGCAAGAGGCGAGAGGUGAAGGCAGUGGAGAUAUGUCAAAGUCACUGUGGUUUAAAGAUGGGCCUGCUGGUGGUCUGAUAAUUAUUGACAGUAUGCCGGACAUACGAAAGAGAAAGCCCAUACCUCUUGUCAGCGACUUGGUGAGUUCCUUGGUACAAUCUCGAAAAGCAGGCAUAACAUCUGCACUUGCAACAAGCACUUUAAACAAUGAAGAGCUAAAAAAUCAUGUUUACAAGAAGGCCCUGCAAGCUUUAAUUUAUCCAAUUUCCAGCACAACUCCUCACAAUUUCGAGGUGUGGACUGCCACGACCCCUACUUAUUGUUACGAGUGUGAAGGGCUUUUGUGGGGGAUUGCCCGUCAGGGUAUGCGCUGCACAGAAUGUGGAGUUAAGUGCCAUGAAAAAUGCCAGGACCUCUUAAAUGCAGACUGCCUACAGCGAGCAGCAGAGAAGAGCUCAAAGCACGGGGCAGAAGAUCGCACACAUAAUAUUAUCAUGGUUCUGAAAGAUCGAAUGAAAAUCCGUGAAAGAAACAAGCCAGAGAUUUUUGAACUCAUUCAAGAAGUUUUUGGAGUUCCCAAAGCCACACAUGCUCAUCAAAUCAAAGCUGUAAAACAGAGUGUACUAGAUGGUACAUCCAAGUGGUCAGCAAAGAUCAGCAUCACUGUGGUAUGUGCACAAGGUCUACAAGCCAAGGACAAGACAGGUUCCAGUGACCCCUAUGUUACUGUGCAGGUUGGGAAAACAAAGAAAAGAACUAAAACUAUCUAUGGAAACCUUAAUCCAGUCUGGGAAGAGAAUUUUCAUUUUGAGUGUCAUAACUCUUCAGAUCGAAUCAAAGUCCGUGUUUGGGAUGAGGAUGAUGACAUAAAAUCGAGAGUGAAGCAAAGAUUUAAGCGUGAGUCCGACGAUUUCUUGGGCCAAACCAUCAUUGAAGUCCGAACUCUGAGUGGAGAGAUGGAUGUAUGGUACAAUCUAGAUAAGCGUACAGAUAAGUCUGCUGUAUCUGGUGCAAUUCGACUACACAUCAGUGUGGAGAUCAAAGGAGAGGAGAAGGUGGCACCAUAUCAUGUACAAUACACCUGUUUGCAUGAGAACCUGUUCCACUACCUAACAGAUGUACAGAAUAAUGGAGUUGUGAAAAUUCCAGAUGCCAAAGGGGAUGAUGCUUGGAAGGUUUACUUCGAUGAGACUGCCCAGGAAAUUGUGGAUGAAUUUGCAAUGCGAUACGGAGUGGAGUCCAUAUACCAGGCUAUGACUCAUUUUGCCUGCCUAUCUUCCAAAUAUAUGUGUCCUGGAGUACCAGCUGUUAUGAGCACACUUCUCGCCAAUAUCAAUGCCUACUAUGCCCACACAACUGCAUCAACCAAUGUGUCUGCCUCUGAUCGCUUCUCUGCCUCAAACUUUGGGAAGGAAAGAUUUGUAAAGCUGCUAGAUCAACUGCACAACUCCUUGCGUAUCGAUCUCUCCAUGUACCGGAACAACUUUCCUGCUAGCAGUCCAGAAAGACUUCAAGAUUUGAAAUCCACCGUCGAUCUACUAACCAGUAUUACAUUUUUCAGAAUGAAGGUGCAAGAGUUACAGAGUCCCCCCAGGGCAAGCCAGGUAGUGAAAGACUGUGUGAAAGCUUGUCUCAACUCUACUUAUGAAUACAUCUUCAACAACUGUCAUGAACUGUACAGCCGAGAAUAUCAAAGUGACCCGACUAAAAAGGGGGAGGUGCCCCCAGAAGAGCAGGGGCCAAGUAUCAAGAAUUUGGAUUUUUGGUCCAAACUAAUUACAUUGAUAGUGUCUAUCAUAGAAGAGGAUAAGAAUUCAUACACACCUUGUCUAAACCAAUUCCCCCAGGAAUUAAAUGUUGGAAAGAUUAGUGCUGAAGUCAUGUGGAGUCUGUUUGCUCAGGACAUGAAAUAUGCCAUGGAAGAACAUGAUAAGCACCGUCUAUGUAAGAGUGCGGACUACAUGAAUUUACACUUCAAAGUCAAAUGGCUAUACAAUGAAUAUGUGACAGAGCUUCCAGCAUUUAAGAACAAAGUGCCUGAAUAUCCAGCUUGGUUUGAACCUUUUGUUAUCCAGUGGUUAGAUGAGAAUGAAGAGGUUUCCCGGGAUUUUCUUCAUGGAGCCCUGGAGAGAGACAAAAAAGAUGGGUUCCAGCAAACCUCAGAGCAUGCACUGUUUUUCCUGUUCUGUAGUAGAUGUUUUCUCACAGCUCAACCAGAGCUUUGAGAUAAUUAAGAAGUUGGAAUGCCCCGACCCUCAAAUAGUUGGACAUUAUAUGCGCAGAUUUGCCAAGACAAUCAGUAAUGUCCUACUUCAAUAUGCAGAGAUCAUCUCCAAAGACUUCGCUUCACACUGCUCUAAAGAGAAGAAAGAGGAGAAAGUGCCAUGUAUCUUAAUGAAUAACAUCCAGCAGCUCCGUGUCCAGCUGGAGAAAAUGUUUGAAGCAAUGGGUGGGAAAGAAUUGGACCCAGAAACUAGUGACAUCCUCAAAGAGCUGCAAGUGAAACUAAACAAUGUGUUGGAUGAGCUUAGCAGAAUAUUUGCUACAAGUUUCCAUGCACAUAUUGAGGAGUGUGUAAAACAAAUGGGAGAGAUUCUUAGUCAGGUUAAAGGGACUGGAAAUGUGCCUGCCAGUAAUUGCAGCAGUGUGGCCCAGGAUGCUGAUAAUGUAUUACAACCUAUACUGGACCCUCUAGACAGCAAUCUUACCCUGUUUGCUAAAAUUUGUGAAAAGACUGUUUUGAAACGCGUUUUAAAGGAGUUAUGGAAACUAGUGAUGAACACAAUGGAGAAAACUAUUGUACUACCACCACUAACAGACCAGACGGUGA